GAAUACGUUUUGGCAACGCCUUCGUAUUUUUUCAGUGAAUUUUGUGUAAUGCAUUAUUCGGUCAUAUUGCGGAUGUGUUCUAGUAUUUGUUUUUUAUGUGAAGUGAUUAAAAUAAGUGUAUAAUGACUAGAAUUUGUGGUGUUCUUAUGUGCUGUUGGUUGUAGGCCUCUUGAGGAUUUUCUACACCCUAUUUGUGGCUUAUAAAUAGGCACUAGUACAUUACAUCAUGUUCAACUUCAUAAAGAAGUCGACCGUUCUAACAAGCGGCGACUCCGGCAAUUACGAGGAGAGGGACGGCGAGAAAGAGAGACGGAAACGGGAGAAGAAGGAGCGGAAAGAGAGAGAGAAACGGGAACGGAUAGCGGCUGGGCUUGAAGAGCCUUUGCGGUUGGAGGAGGUUCGACGAUCUCUCAAGCUUCGGGGUCGGCGUAAAGAAAAAGAGAAACUUCCCUCAGGAAUUACAGCUGACUAUACAGCAGCGCUUUUUGCUCACCUUGAACAGGAUACCAAUUAUUCUAAUUAUCCGGUUAUAAACACUUCAGGUUCCAAUUCCAACCUCAGUGAUGAAAAUAAUCAUUUGUCACCGGGAUAUCCUACUACACAUACCUGGAAUAAAAAAGAUGGGAUCUUACAAUCGGAUAGUUCAGAAACCUCACUGAAUUCUUUAAACAAUCCAAACAAUGCUAACAGCAAUAGUCCUCGACAAGCACCUAAUCUACCUCCUAUUCCACCGCGUCCACCAAAGCGAGGCAUACUCAAAGGCCCACGUUUAAGUAACACGAGCUCUAAUUUACAAGAAAGUAAUAUCCCUAAUUCAGACACCGUCGAUUUUGUCAACGGCCAAGACUCGAAUGUUCUGGCACGUAACACUCAACAAAAUGAAGUUAUCUCGUAUGGUAUUCCACCGUCAAAGAGCACAUCGUCUAGUGAUGAUAUGCAACAAGUACAGAAUUUUACCAAAAAAGUUAUACACAGUCCUGUAGAAAAUCAAUACAAGAACUAUAAAAAUAAUGCGAAUCCGUCAAUAAAUAGGCAAGAUAUGGACGAAGUGCCAAGGACGAAUGGGAACAGCUCUCUCGGCGUGACUUCUACCUCACCGAGUGCAGAUUCUCUAACUGAUACUACAACAAAUUCUUCGUUUGCUACUCCACCCUUCUCCACGUCGCCCGUUGGAGAGUCGCAGGGCUUUCAUCGCUGGUCGAGAACGAACACAUUUGACGAUGUUUAUUUGCCACUCCCAGCAUUGACACCAAUGCAAUUACCUAAACCAAGAGUUCUAACAAUACAGCGGCAGAAGGCUCCGAGAAAUGAUUUCGGUUUUAGUCUACGUAGAGCUAUGAUUCAGGAACGGGUUUUCAUUGGAGAUAUGAGAGAAUUAUCAAGCAUUGAAGAAAAUUCAAUGGUAAAUGGUGAUAGUAAAUGCAAUGGUAAUAAUAUAAUGGUUAGCAAACUGACACAUAAAGCUGUUAUACUUGCUGAACCUGGUUCGUACCCGGGAGCCAGUGAGACAGGAUUAUUGCCUGGAGAUAGACUUAUUGAAGUCAAUGGGGUGAAUGUUGAAGGGAAAAGCCGGGAAGAAGUCAUUGAUCUUAUUAAGAGCAGCCAAGAAUCUGUGACUGUUAAGGUGCAACCAAUAGCGGAAUUAUGCGAGCUAUCACGCAGGAGGGCGGCCGACGGUGGAGUGGAGGUCGAACUGUCUGACAGCAACGUGAGGGGAGGGACCCUCAGCAGGUCCGGCAGUCGACGGUUCACGAGCACUCAGGCGAAAUCAGAAGAACAGCUAGCGUGCGAGAAACAAUGGCUGCAAGCUGGUCACAUGUGGCUCGCGCACCGCGGCGGCUUCACGGCGGUGAUGCGCGAAGGCGAAGCGGACGCGGGACGCGUGAAGGUCCGCGUUAUACAGACGGGCGAGGUGAUUACCGUGGAUGAGGAUGAUUUGGAAAAGGCGAACCCGCCGCAAUUGGAGCGCGCUGAAGACAUCGCGUCGCUCCGCUGCCUGAACGAGUGCGGCGCGCUGCACGUGCUGCGGUCGCGCGCGGCGGCCGGCCUGCACCACGCGCGCGCGGGACACGCGCUGCUCGUGAUGGGCCCGCCAAGGCGCACCACGCCGGUGUACACGGAGAAGGUAGCGGCAAUGUUCCGCGGGUGCCGCAUGGACGACAUGCCGCCGCACGUGUUCGCGGCGGCGCAGGCUGCGCACCGCGCCAUGCUCGCGUCGAGGAAAGAUCGCGCUAUUGUGUUCCUUGGAAGAUCUGGCUCAGGCAAAACAUCAGCCAUGAGGCAUUGCGUAUGGUACUUAGCAAGUGCAUAUCCGACGCAAGGAUCGAAACUCACACCAGAGAAACUUGAAGCUGCGUUGGAUGUUCUACAUAUAUUUGGUUCUAGUCGCACCGGCUCCAACACGCACGCUACUCGAUUCGUAUCCCUCACAUCAUUGGACUUCGAUGGCGGCGGCGCUUUGGUGUCUGCGUCUGUGCAGACGCUGCUACCAGACCUUAGACCAGACCAGUCGCAUUUGAGGGCGUUGCAUAUUCUAUUUCACGGCUGCGAUGGUCGUCUUCGCCGCGAGCUGUUCCUCGAUCAAGCGCCAGCUAGCGCACCGAACCCAUACAUAAGUUCUACGGACAAAGCUGAAGCGCCCAGCGAAUUUGCGGCUUUGAAAGACGCACUACAAGCUAUAGGAGUCACGGAACAAGAGCAGCUCGCUGUGUGGAAGAUACUGGCUGCGGUUUGCCAUUUGGGCUGGGCGGGCGUUGUUAGAGCGAACACUGGCUCGGGGCUGAAGCAGCAGUUCGCGAGCUCGGGGUGCGCGACGCGCGCGAGUCGCCUGCUCGGCGUCGGCGCGGACGAGCUCACGCGCGCCGUGUUCGCGCCGCACGCCGCUGACCAGCCGCCCGCCGCCACGCUACGAACACCAUCGCCGUCAAAUGAAAGAGAAUCGCCGGGUGUAGAUUCAUUAGAUGCAUUCGUUACCGGACUAUACAAUGAAACUUUCAACAUUGUUGCUGCAUUUGUCAAUAGGAGUAUAUCUACCUCUGCACGAACAUCAGCAUCGAUUCUGCUAUUAGACACGCCUGGAGCCGACAACCCGCUAUGUGCGGGACAACAGAGUGGAGCAUCUUUAUCCAAACUGCUUUCUAACUAUCUUCAGGAACGACUUCAAGGAGUAUUUCAUGAGGCAAUGCUAGUGGCGCCUCGCGAGCGAUACGCCCAAGAGGGAAUCACGCUAGAUGACGGAUCGGAAGAAGAUUGGCUAUCGGAAACCGUCAAUCCGGGGCCCAUGAUAGACUUGCUCGACAAAGCGCCGCAAAACUCAAUAGUGCGGAGUUCGCAAGCGGAUUUGCGCGACUGCGACAGACGCGGAUUGCUUUGGCUGCUAGACGAAGAGUCAAUGUACCCGGGCUCAUCAGACGACACGUUCCUGGAGCGCGUGAUGACGCACUACGGCGCGCCGCACCACACGCAGUAUCUCAUCAAGAAGGCGCCGCACGCGAGGCAGUUCAGCUUGCAGCACUUGCAGGGUACCAAUCCAGUAUUAUAUGACGUCACUGGCUGGGUAAAGGCCAGCCGCGAGAAUCCUGUCACCAAGAAGGCACACGCAUUGCUACAAGAAAGUCAAAACGAGGAGAUAGUGCGCGUGUGGACGUGGUCGCGCGGCGCGUGCGGCGCCUCCAGCUGGUCCGCUAUCGGCGACGCGUCCACGCUGCGACGCGCCUCCUCUAUACGACGGACACUCACAUCGGGUACAGCGGGCAUGAAGCGUCGUUCGACGGCGCUACAAGCGAAGUUCGUGGCGGACGGCGUGGUGGACACGCUGCGGCGCUGCGGCGCGGCCGGCGCGCACUUCGUGUGCUGCCUGCUCGCGCACCAGCCGCACGACGCCGGGGACGACGUCAACGUGCCCUUGCUGCGCUCGCAGUUCCGCGGCUUCCAAUUGCUCGAGGCAGCGAGGUUGUAUAAGCAAGGAUUCCCUGAACACAUGCCCCUUUCGGAGUUCGCAAGGAGGUACCGACUCCUAGCCACAUCGGAAAGCGAAACGCCAGAAACAGCAACAACUCUAUCAGAAAGACAGAUCGUGGACGACAUGCUGCUAACCCUGGACCUGGACGUCACCAGCUAUAGACUUGGUCUUACACAGAUCAUGUUCCGCGGCGGCGUGGUGGGCGAGCUGGACGCGCGACGUGACGCUGCGCUCGCUCGCGUGCUCGUGCGGCUGCAGGCGCGCGCGCGUGGUCUGCUCGCGCGGCGAAGAGCCCAGAAGCUGCGCACGCAACACACGGCUGCUAGAUGCGUCCAACGCAACGUGCGCGCGUUCCUGGCGGUGCGCGACUGGCCGUGGUGGCGGCUGCUCGUGCGCGUCACGCCGCUGCUGGCGGUGCACCGCACUGAGCAUCGGUUGAAGCAGGCGCAGGAGGAACUUGACACACUUCGCUCGAAAUUGGAGAAGGUGGAAAAUGAACGCACCCAUUACAAGAACGAAAAUGAACGACUUGAAACCAAACUAUCCGAGGUGGGCGGCGAGUUGGCAGAGGAGCGAGCUGCGGCGGCGCUAGCCACCGAGCGGGCUGACGCUGAGGCGGCUGAGCGGCUGCGCAUCGAGCGGGACAAUAGAGAGCUGCUUAAUAACAACCAGAGGUUGCAACAGGCAUCCGAACGCCUCGAGCUCGAGCUCCUCCACUGGCGCGCCUCCGACGGCGGUGGCGCAGAACCCUCCGACUCGGAGGGCUCAGAAGCAGAAAGCGCCGGGGACAAGUACAAACGUCGCUGGGAACGAGCUCAUCGGGAACUACAACUAUUGCGAGCACAAUUGCGUCGCCAGCACGAGGAUGACCUCGAGCAGUUGGUGUCUGUCAAGAAACAGCUCGAGAAAAAGGUUCAAGAUGCGUAUGAAGAAGUGGAGGAGCAGAGAGCGGUUGCCGCGCAAUGGAAACGCAAGUUACAGAAACUCACCAACGAUAUGGCCGACCUACGAUCAUUAUUGGACGAACAGACGUGCCGCAACAACCUGCUGGAGAAGCGUCAGCGCAAGUUCGACGCGGAGGUGCAGAGCUCGCAGGAGGAGCUGAAGCGCGAGCGCGCGGCCCGCGAGCGACUCGCGCGCGAACGGGACCAGGCGCACGCCGAGAAGUACGCGCUCGAGCAGAGCCUCUCUGAAGCUCGGCUAGAGAUCGAGCUGAAGGAGGAGCGGCUAGCGGCGGCGUCGCGCGAGCUGGAGCAGCGCGGCGGGGGGGGCGACGAGCUCAGCGCUCUGCGGCGCGCCAGGGCCGAGCUCGAGCGACGCGUGCGCGACCAGGAGGAGGAGCUGGACGACCUCGCGGGGCAGAUACAGUUACUGGAGAGUUCGAAACUUCGAGUGGAAAUGUUGCUAGAGCAGCAGCGCAAAGAGGCUCGUCUCGAGGCGGCCGCGCGGGACGACGAGAUGGAGGAGACUAGAGCUAAUGCCGCUAAGAAACUUAAGAUACUAGAAAGCCAGCUAGAAAGCGAGCAUUCAGAGCGCAGCUUGCUUCUGCGUGAACGGCAUGAGUUGGAGCGACGUCUCGCUGCGCUAGAAGAAACCGCAAGAGCCGAGACUCAGGAACAGGUGCAGCUCGUGCAUAGACUCAAGAGGGAUUUGAAACGAUACCGCGCACUGUUACGAGACGCUCAAACGAUGUUGGAACAAAAGGAGAAGGAAGGUGGUGGCAAAGCCCAAAUUAGACAAUUGAAAAACCAGGUGGAAGACUUAGAAUUGGCCCUCCGUGCUGCGAACAAAGCGCGUUCCACCGCUGAAGCGGAAGCAUCUGAAGCGGCUUCAGCGCUUGAAGAAGCGAACCGGGCUAGGAAUGAAGCAGCUGAGCGAGCGCUUUCCGCUAGCAGGGAUGCGGCUGCUGCUAGAGCGCAGUUGGAUGAUGCGGAGGAAGAAGCUGCUGAGCUGUUGAAGAAAUACCGCGCAAGCACGAGCGCACUAUGCGCGGCGCAAGCUGAAGCGCGUGAAGCAGAAGCUAAAGCUGAAGCUGCGAAUGAAGAGGCGCGGGCCGCACGCGAGCGAGCUGCCGAGCUGGCCGCGAGGCUGGCUGCUGCGGAGGCGGGGCAUUCACACGGACAGCAUGAGACCGAGCGACGGUUGGAGCUGAGGAACAAGGAGCUAGAAUCGAGUCUAGAACUGGAAGCGACGUCCCGCGCCCGCGUGGAGGGGCAAGCGGCGCGGCUGCGGGACGCGCACGAGCAGCUCACGCACGAGCUGGCGCAGGCGCGCGCACGGGACGCGGCCGCGGCCGACGAGCUGCGCAAGCUGGCCAGGCAGAUACGGGAGCUCAAAGAAGAGAACACAUCCCUAAACUCAAAACUGAGCGAGGCGCUGCGGCUCAAGAGCGCUGCAGAAUCAGCGGCUCAAGCGGCUGCAGCGGAAGCGGCCGCUGCAAGAGACGAAGCGAGGCUCGCUGCACGCCGCGCUACAGCGCUGCAGGAGGCGAUCGCGGGAGAUCUCUCUAGUCCGGGCGACUCUAGGGACACUGAUAGUGAGAACGAUAGCUACAGCUCGGACGAGUCGAUCGGCACGUUCCUGGCCAACCACAAGCUGAGCCCCUCCGCGCCCUCGCGCACCAGCUUGCACCAGGACUCGCAUAAGUCCACCAGCUCCGAGGGCCGGCACAGCCGCUCGAGCGCCGGCUCCGGCUCGAAGCCGCUCAGCCCCACGAAGGAGUCGUUCGCAUAACAGCCGCCCGCCGCGGCCGCCGGCCUGCUCGGCGCGGCGCUGCCCGCGCUCUGCGCCGUCUUCUGCCGCCAGCGCGCCGCGCACUCCGUCAUCGAGUAGACGACCCAUAGACAAGUUGCAUGUGACAUUGACAGGUGUCACGGUGACAGGCCGCCAUCUUGCGAGAUACGUCAACGUGACAGCACCGCCAUCUUGGGAGAUACGACUUGACAAAACCGUUUUGGAUUGUAACUUUUUAAUUUGUGUAGCUGUUUGACGAUGGAUUGUUGAGAUAGGAAAUAGAUAUACAAAUUGACAAGUGUUCGAUUAUGAUUACAAACGUGCGUGGAUUACUUUCUUUAACGACGUUGAAGGUCUGUCUUAUAUUACUGUUAGUCAUUUUAAUUGUAUUUAAAAACGUAUAUUAGUGCAAUAUGGCGGUCAUACCUAUUUAUUGUCUAUGGUGUAAAGUGAAUGUUUGGACUUUUGAGUGUACGUGUUUUAUUGUGAGUAGAUAUGUGACGUGCUUGGAAUCGUUAUGUAAUAACAACUAUUUGACUACAUUAUACUGUUAUCGACUAAUAAAACUACUGAAUUCUUAUAAGCAGCAAUAAAUACGACUAAUAGACCUUAUAAGCUGAGCAUUUGUCUACAAAAACGUAUUAGAUGUGGUAUUAUUAAACUGCUCAAUCAUUUAUACAUUGCUAUACAUUUGUGAGGCUAUAAAUUUUUGACUUUUCUAGAUUUUGAUAUUCAACAUAAUAUUAUAUCCAUUUUUAACUUAGUAAAACGGCACUAUUGUUAGUCUAUGCCAAGUCAUUAGCAUCGCUGAUUUGUUUACAUAAAAUGCAUGCAUUCCAAAUAGAUCUUACUUAUAUUAAACUUGGCUUGACUUUACCAUGAAACAACAAGGCUUUGACAUUAUUUAUUUAGCUGAUAAUUUUAUUAGGAAAUUGUUUGUGGUUAGAUGUUGAGCUGAAUUCAGCCAAUCAGUAUUUAGAUGAAAUAGAGACGGGAUUAUCACUGUAAUAUUAGGUUGAUUGUUAUUUAGUUAGCUAACAUGUAAAUAAUUAGAUUGCAUAUACAUUAUUAUUAUUUAAUUUGUAAUAUUCGUGUGAUCAGACUGUUAUUGUAUGAUUUUUGUUACACUGUAAGUUGUUGCUUUAUAAACGAUCAAACAUAUCUGUUAGGUACCUAAUAUAUCGAAUUCCUUAUUGACUGGUUUUUUGUUUUAUUUAAUUUUAUUAGCGAUCUGUAAUCGUAUUUCUUAAUGUAUUAUGAAUAUAAUUAUAAAGUCUUCUAAAUCUUCAUAAUAUACCCUAGAUACGUGUCUAUAACCAUUGUCUUCUUUAUAUCUAUGUGUAUUGUACGAUAAUGUGAUGAAAUGUUACUGCGUUCAAUAUUGGUUGUAAAUGAAAUUAUUUAAUAAAGUAACUCAUGGAAAUAUA